UCCAAAUUCGACCGUUGGUUCCUUCAUCAACAAAAUACAACAAAAACACACGCUCUUCAAUUACAACCUUAUUUACUCCAAACACUAACCACUUCAAACUCAACAACAAUGGCAGAACAAUUUGGUUUCACUUCUGAAGAAAUUGUUGUCAAUGACAACCUAGGAUACCCAAAAGCCUAUGCAAAACUCUGUCGUGACCGUGGUUUUACUCCGUACAGCCAUGGUCCUCCAUUCACUUUUCUACCUUAUGCUUUGCCUGAAGAUGAGGUUGAAAGAGUGAGUUUUUUGGAUGAGAUGUUUCCAAUUAUUGAUCCUAAAGCUAAGCCAACGACGAAGGCAAAAAUCUUUGCUAGUAUCUUGUGGAAGCAACUCAGUCAUCUUGGGAAUGCUGGUUUUGAUCCGGCGGUGAUUCGAGUUGAUGGUUAUGGUAAUGUAUUGUAUUAUCAUGCGGAUUCAGCUUCUCCUCUUGCUUGGGACAUUGAUCAUUGGUUUCCUUGUUCAAGAGGAGGUUUGACUGUUUUAAGCAAUCUAAGGAUAUUACAAAGGCAAGUUUGUAAGAGGAAGAAACAUAAAUUGGAAUUCCUAGUACCAUGGUGGGAUUUCCAAUUGGGUAUAUCUGUCAAUCAGUUUUUGUCGAUUUUUGCUUCUUCAAAUUCAGACUUUAGGCACAGAGGCUUUUCAUUUUUGUUCUCUGAAGGAGAAAGUCAUGAAUUGCAUGAUACACAAAUAGUGGAUUCUCAUUCUUUUCCACAACACUUCAUUGGUUUGAAAGAAGAAGUAGGGCUUGCUCCUGCUGCAAUCGUUCAAUCGCGAAGGGAUCCUUAUGAUGCAUUAGCUUUAAGACAACUUGAUCACAGUAAGAAGACAAGGCCUAUGUCUCCUGCAAUAGUGGCUGCGAGAAAAACAAAAGGCAAUGUGCUGAAAGAAAAUGCAGAUCCAAAUUUUGUCAAAAACCCCUACCAAGCAAUUGUCAUGGCCAGAGAUUCACAGAAGCAAAGAGAAGAAACUUUAAAAAUGCAGGCUGAAAUGCAGAAGUUAGAUAAUGAAGUGAAUGAAAUGAAACUCAAGAAUGAAGAAGAAAAGAUUGUUAUUCAAGAUCUCGAAAUGACACUUAUAAAACGUAAGAGGAAAGCAGAAAAAUGCAGACGGUUAGCGGAAGCUCAAUCUUCUUACAGAACCAUGCUAGAGAAAAUGAUCAGAGACACCAUGCACCAGAGUGUGAUUUAUAAGGAACAGGUGAGAUUGAAUCAGGCUGCAAGUAAUGCAUUAAUGGCAAGACUUGAAGCACAGCGAGCAAUUUGUGAUGCUGCUGAGAAAGAGCUUCAUAAGAAGUAUAAACAAAAAGAUGACAUAGAGAAACAGAUUAGACCUGAAUUCGAGCAACGAAAGAGGUUCAGAAUAGAUGAUUCCACUUUUGAAGAGGAGAGAAACUCUAAAUCUGUUAUUUAUUUGCCUGGAAAUAGGCCAAGAACACCUUUUCACAAGGAGCUUCGAGUUUUGUUGGAUGAAGAGCAAAAGGCGUCCGAAGCCGGCUUAUCUGCAAAUGAAGAAGAGCUAAAAAUUGAAGAAGAGGAACCUACCAAAUCAGUGGUUGUCUUGGAUGAAGAAAAGUCAAUUGAGCAGAGACUUCAGAAGCUAGAAAUCAGUGAAGGAAAGAGGACUGCUGGCAUUUCAUUCCGAGGUUUUCAUGAGAAAAAUGUUGAGGAAGAUGAAGAAAUGAGGAACCAACGAGGCAAAGGGAACGUUGAAAAAUGGCUUCAAUUGCUUUUAGAGAAUGGUCAAGGAGAAGGAACAGAUUCACAAGAAGAAACAAAUGGAAAUGCUUCUGGUAGGACUGAAGAUAUAAUCCAACAACUGAAUCAGAAGUUUCCACAAAAGGAGUUGUUGAAGGUCUCAAAAGUUUCAGAUUCUGAUAUUAAUAAUAUUGAGAAGGAGCUGCAAGUUCUUCAAGACAAGAAGUGUUGGACAGAGAAAGAAGAUGAUAAAAUAGAGAAUGUUGAUGAUGCUACUGGAUAUAAAAAUUACUCUGCAGAAGCUUAUGUAGGGGAAACAAAUGGUAGUUUUGAGAAAACAAAAAUUGGUAAAAAUUGGAAAGAAGAACAACAUAAAUUGGAAAAAAGACUUGUUAGAUCAGAGAGUGCAAGGGUCUUGAGACGAAUUCCGUCGUCUCCAUCUUUGUUUCAAGGGAUGAAGUCAUCCUUCAAGACAAUCAAGAAAGCAGUGAAACUAUGAAUGUUUGCGGAGGCUCUUGUACUUUUUAUUUUCCCUUGUUCCUUAACAAUUUGAGUGAUGCUAGUUGAAUAAGUGAGUGAAUAUGUGUGCAAAAAUAUAGGGCUUGAUUCUAUUGUUUGAUUUGUGUAUAAGAUUUUUUAGUUAUCAAAUAAGUAUAACAGCUUGUUGUUUUGGCUGCAAUAAUUAGGUUUCUGUUUCUUCUAUUUUCAUGUUAAGCACAUAGUUUUCUACUAUAAAUUUGAGAAUUCUUGCAUCUGCUAUAAUAAUUUCCUUAUUUAUCAGAAUUACAAGCAGAAAUGAUCUUUGGUUGUUCUGAUGUAAAAAAGAGUCUUGUAAUGUGGAUCCACCAUAAAGCACUUGUAAAUAAAUGAAAAACGUUACACAGUUUAUGACAUUCCUACUCCUA